AUGCAGAAGGAGUUCACCACCAUAAACAAGGAUGGGAAGACUGUGUGGGAGCCAGGCCUGCCUGCGACUGUCACGGCCCGGCGUCAGCAUCGGCCCCAAAAGGGGGCCCCCGUGGUGGACGAGGUGCCAGUGGCUUGCGACCUGCGCCUGACGCUGAAGAUGCCGGGCUCGAGCAAAGCGGAGUGGCUGGAGAAGGCCCUCAAAGCGAUGCCUGGCAAGGCGAAGGUGCAGGAUGUCUUCAACAUUAUCACCCAUCCGAAGUUUUCGUCUGGAGUUGCCGAGAAGUACGGCAAGCGGAUGCUUCAAAUUGUCGCAGAGAGCAUGGACUUGUUCUCUGACAAGCAGCGCAUCACUUUGUCAAGGUGCAAGCUGGUGGAGCUGUUUCAGCCCGGGGGUGCCGGAGAGGCCAAAGACGAUGACUCGGGGGACGAGACGCCCCCUGAGGCCCCGAAGAUGCCGAAGCGCCGAAAGAGGAGCCGUUCCCGCUCACAAAAGCGGAGGUCCCCAAGCCCUGCCAAAAAGCCUGCGCCGCAGAAUGCUGCAUCGCCAAGCAGAGGUCGCCCAGACAUCAGCAAGUCCAGGGAAGCGAACGAGGAGGAAGAUCCUGACUGGAAAGAGAGAUACAGGAAGCAGGAGGAGGACAAAAGGCGAGCAGAAGCCGAAAAGAAGGCUCAGCAAGACCGCGAAGCGAAGAGGAAGGCCAAACUUGGUGCGGCCUUCCAGCUGGAGGACGAGGAUGAUGCAGCGAACGCGAGAGCUCAGCUUGCAAGCAAGCUCAGCGGACGCAAGGAGGAGCUUCCCUCACUGGCUAUGGCCCGAGCCUCCGCGGGUCGCGAUGCUGAUCCUCGCUUCGUAGAGGCGAUGGGCGGGGACAAGCUCCUCCAGGAGGCAAAGGGAUGA